AUUAGUAGGACCCAGCAAAGAUAUCAUGCCAUCUACUUUUUUCUAUAUAUAAUAGCCAACCCCUCUGCACUCAAGCCCCCUCCUCCUCUCUCCUCUUUUCCUUUUUUUAAUUCAAGCUCCUUUGUUUUUUUUAUUUCCCUCAUUUAUUCUUCUGCUGAUACAUAUAUAUAUCCAUUUGAGCUACUAAAGUAGCCUAUUAAUUAAGAGUAAGGCUUAUAUAGUUAUAUGCUUAUAGCAGUUAGUGUUGAAGUAGUUAAACUUAUUUAGUUUAUCUGCAACUUGUAAUUAAUAUAUAAUGAAGGAGAGUGGGAGGAAACAAGGGGUGGCUUCUCCAUGUGCAGCAUGCAAGCUUCUUCGAAGGAGGUGUGCUCAGGAUUGUGUGUUUGCUCCUUAUUUUCCGGCCGAUGAGCCUCAGAAGUUUGCCAGUGUACACAAGGUGUUUGGUGCUAGCAAUGUCAACAAGAUGUUACAGGAGUUACCGGUGCACCAGCGUGGUGAUGCUGUGAGCUCCAUGGUUUAUGAGGCAAAUGCCAGGGUACGUGACCCAGUGUAUGGUUGUGUGGGAGCAAUAUCAUCACUGCAACAACAAAUCGAUGUUCUUCAGACUCAAUUGGCACUGGCACAGGCCGAGGUGGUUCACAUGCGAAUGCACCAAUUCUCCUCCAUGUCCAACCACACCUCCAAUUCGUCCGAAAACGCGUCACCUUCUUCCAAGCUCGUACCAUCUCAGACCAAGUCAUUUUUUUCAAUGGACAUGAUGGUAGAUCAGGCCAACAUGGGGGACUCCUUGUGGUCAUGCUAGCUUAGCAUGCCUUGUCUCCCCUUUUCUAGUACUAUGAUCAUGAGCCUAGGUUUAAUUGUUGUCUGCCUCUUAAUUUAUCACCUUUUAUUGCUUCUUUUUGUUAUAUACAUAUCUAUAGCAUGAGUCUGGAUCCUCUGCAAUACAAUACGUGUUAUCCUUCAUCAAACGGUUCUAAUCACUCACAUGUGUACAUGUGCCUAUGAUGUAGACCAUUAGAUGAAGUGUUUUACUGCACCUGAUCCAAGCUCCUAUAGCACAUCUCUACCUGACCCCAGAGGUGAUGAUAAGAGCCAUUAACCAUAUUGUAAAUGUCUAAACAUUAUUAUUAUGAGUCAUUAUAUAUAUAUAUAUAGUUGAUAUGAGUGAAGUUGAAUGCCUUUA